CACCCACCUCUAGGAGGAAAACUGAGCUGCAGCCCUGGUGAAACAUAAAGUUUAUUUGGCUAAAGUGACGCAAAAAUUCUUAAAGAGCUCUUUGGCAGCAGAUUAUCUGGAAAUCAGACCAUGUGAGGGGGACUGGUGUACAAAAAGCUGCCCAGGAUGCUGAGUUGCCCACAGGCUGAGGUAAAUGUGGGUGAAGGGGACUCGAGCUUGGAUCUCUCCGAGGGCAGCGCUUCGGACCGACCCCAGACACAGAUGAUGCUUGUGCCUUCAAUCUGAUGGAUUUAAGUAUGGAAGAGGAAUUCUAAAAGUGCUGGGAACAAAGGUGUGGGAAGACAAAUCCUGAAGGGACCCUGUGGUGCUGCCAGCCUGCGAGUGACCAGAACAAAUCCCAGAAAAAUGGAAAAAAAGGCCACAAGCAAUGAGACUGAGCCCCUGACUUCCAAGACAGAUGUCUCAGGCUGUAGCAAAGGAGAAGAUUGUAAAGAGAACGGACUUCUGGUCAGGAACCCUAAAUCUGCCCUACGGCUGGUGGAGGAUGGCAACAAAGUCCACCCGAGCCAGGGGGAUAAAGGGGAGGCAGCCCAGAUCUCAAAUGGUUAUUCAGGGGUUCAGAGCUCAGUUCCCUGCAAUGGAGAGGUGGAGGAUGCCCAGGGCACAGCCCCAGCAGCCACCACCACCACCACCACCACCACAUCCACCACCUGUGGGGCUGAAGCUCAGCAGCAGCUGAUGGAGCUGGAGGACAGGGAGACCUGGAGUAAAAAAAUUGACUUUCUUCUCUCUGUCAUUGGAUAUGCAGUGGAUCUGGGAAAUGUGUGGAGAUUUCCUUAUAUCUGCUAUCAGAAUGGAGGAGGAGCAUUCCUCAUUCCUUACACAAUCAUGGCCCUCUUUGGAGGGAUUCCUCUCUUCUACAUGGAAUUAGCUCUAGGACAGUACCACAGGAAUGGCUGUAUUUCCAUUUGGAGAAAAAUAUGUCCUAUAUUCAAAGGAAUUGGCUUUGCCAUCUGUAUCAUAGAUCUUUACGUAGCCUCCUACUACAACACCAUCAUGGCUUGGGCUUUUUACUACCUCAUCUCCUCCUUCACGGCGGAGCUGCCCUGGACCAGCUGCACAAACCCCUGGAACACAGGAAACUGCACCAACUACUUCAGCAAGGACAAUGUCAGCUGGUCCCUGCACUCCAUCUCUCCUGCAGAAGAAUUUUAUACCCGCCAGGUCCUGCAGGUGCACAGGUCCAAUGGGCUGGACAACCUGGGGGGCAUCAGCUGGCAACUGACCCUCUGCUUGUUGUUAAUCUUCACCAUUGUGUACUUCAGCAUCUGGAAAGGGGUCAAAACAUCUGGCAAGGUGGUUUGGGUGACUGCCACAUUCCCUUACAUCAUCCUCUUCAUCCUGCUCGUGAGAGGUGCAACUUUGCCUGGGGCUUGGAGAGGUGUCCUCUACUACCUGAAACCUGACUGGCAGAAACUCCUGGCCACUGAGGUUUGGGUGGAUGCAGCAGCUCAGAUUUUUUUCUCCCUGGGACCAGGUUUUGGGGUCCUGUUGGCUUAUGCCAGCUACAACAAAUUCCACAACAACUGCUACCAAGAUGCUCUGGUCACCAGCACCGUGAACUGCUUGACCAGCUUUGUGUCUGGCUUUGUCAUCUUCACCGUGCUGGGAUACAUGGCUGAGAUGAGGAAUGAAGAUGUGGCAGAGGUUGCCAAAGACACUGGACCCAGCCUGCUCUUCAUCACCUACGCAGAGGCCAUUGCCAACAUGCCAGCUUCCACCUUCUUUGCCAUCAUCUUCUUCCUGAUGCUGCUGACGCUGGGGCUGGACAGCACGUUUGCAGGACUAGAGGGAGUGAUUACUGGAGUCCUGGAUGAAUUCCCACACGUCUGGGGCAAACGCAGGGAAUUGUUUGUCCUUGGUCUGACCAUCAUUUGCUUUUUGGGGUCGCUGGCAACCCUGACAUUUGGAGGAGCAUAUGUGGUGAAGCUGUUUGAAGAAUAUGCCACAGGUCCAGCUGUCCUGACCGUGGUGUUCCUGGAGGCAGUGGCAGUGUCCUGGUUCUAUGGCAUCACCCAGUUUUGCAACGAUGUGAAAGAAAUGCUGGGCUCUGCCCCAGGCUGGUACUGGCGAGUUUGCUGGGUUGCAAUUAGUCCCCUCUUCCUUCUGUUUGUCACUUGCAGCUUUCUGUCCAACCCUCCUGAGCUGAGGCUUUUUGAUUAUGAUUAUCCCUACUGGACCACAGUUGUGGGUUACUGCAUAGGAACCUCCUCCGUCAUCUUCAUUCCCAUCUACAUGGUCUAUCGCCUGGUCAUCACCCCAGGGACACUGAAGGAGCGUAUUCUGAAGAGCAUCACUCCCGAGACAGGCACAGAAAUCCCCUUCGGAGACAUCCGCAUGAACGCAGUAUAAGCUCAGCUGCCUCUGGGGGAGGGAAGAGCAGCACCAAACCUCACCCUCCCCACCCUGUCCCCACAAAGAGCCACCUUCCAGCUGAGACACCCAACGCAGCUCUCCGGGGGGCUGCACCCUCGGGAAAGGUGACGCCUCCAGUUUAUCCAAGCAAUUCAAACACCUGCUGUGCACUCGCAAGCAGGCAGGACUGAGCACUCGCUGUGGAACACGAGGGAACAUCCCUGCUCCGGGAGUGGCACCGAGAGCCUGCAGCAGCCCCUCCAGGACGAGCAAGGCCAGGCAGGAUUUGGUGUAACCCCCCCCAGUGUGUGGCAGUGCUCCUGUAUCUCCUCCCUCCGUGUGAUCGUUCGUACCGGCCAAUGUCGUAUUCGCUUCUAAGGUUCUCUACUUGCUUCAACUACGUGGGAAAACGCACAAAUAUUUCUGAUAGCCAUACAUUACUCGAGUAAUGCAGGGGUUUAUAAGCUAGGAAGUUCCCUGGGUCUGUGGUGGAGUAGACAGAGGGAGAGGAAAAAUGCUGAGCAGCACAACUCUGCACACAUCAGCACACACAGCCUCCUUCUCAUUUCCUCUGGUUUGUAAGUAGUAACAAUUUCUACUGUUUCUUGCAUAAAAAAAGUUAUGAAAUAAUUUUUUGUGAUGUUUGAGGCUUCACUUUCCUUUAGAAACAAUCAAGCCACAAAAACUCAUCGUGAGUUACUUGACAAGCACUUAAAGUUGCCAGCACUUACUGUACUGUUUCCAUAACCAAUCACUGUCCUGGCAGACCUACAGAAACUGCAGACCAACAAUGAAUCUUUUUGAGUUCUGAUGCCAGAAAGUGCAGUCUUAAUCUCCUUCUCUGCUUAACUUCCCUUUUUUUUUUUACAGUUAAUUUCACACCUAAGAUUUGCUGGCGCCUGUGGGUUUUUCCUCCUCUUUCCUAGUGCAGAAGUAAAAAUUAGAACAAUCCUUUUGGCUGGCUGACAAAAGUACAUUUACAACUAUCCAAACCUACUCUGAAGGUUUAGUAGCUCAUAUUCUAAUGGGACUGCACUGGGUUUUCAAGCUGAAGAAGAAAAGGAGAGGAAUUUUUUUUUUCUUAGCAAGAAGCUGAGUAGAGUUCAGCAGGAUUGGUUCUCAUCAGAACAAAAUGUAUUAACUUCAAGGCACUGACACACAAAUUAACCCCCGUGUCCACACCCAGCUCUUCACAUGACAUGCACACAUGUCCUGCCCUGGCCCCUGGAGGACAUGGGCUCAGCAGGCACCAUCCAUCCAAACCUGCAUUGUGUUUUUACUCUGGCACAUAGAUUAUGAUGAAAGUAAAAUAAAACAGAGGAUGAAAGUCUCUUCUGAAUCCCUUUGUUGAAGUUGCCAAGGUUCCCUGUGCAGCCAGAGCAGGGGGCAUCAAGGACCCUGUUGGGGUAUGAAGCACUUGCCAGGUGAGAGGAAAGCAGGGAUGUUGUGUUUGCCUUCUGAAAAUAUUUCCAUCACCUCUGCCAGAGUUUUCCCCCUUUGUGUACCUGGAAAAAGGCUCUUCCACUUCCUCUUCCACUUUGAAUGACUUUUGAGUUCAUCUAAGUCUCAAUCCCAACUUCCAAUGAGGAAAUAACUUAAGAGAGAUAAGGAUUGUUCUGUCAGAACUAGACUCUUAAACUAUUUUUAAAAAGGGAGUAUGUUCUUUAAUUGCCACUAGAAAAACAUAUAAAUCUGUCUUAUUGGACAAACACUUAUGAGAAAUAGUUUUGAAGUUUAUACCUCAAGUGUAUUUGAAACCUACUUUCAAAAAUUAAAUUUUCUGAGUUCAUUAACUGAAAAAAUGCACAUGAAAUGUCAAUGUGAGAUGAAUGAGGUUUUGUAUGUGUCCAGCAGCGAAGUGUGGGAAACAAAGGAGAAAACCCUACCCUGUUUCUUCCCUCUUCAGGCAGGUGUUCAGCUAAUAAAAAAAAAUUUAAUUUUUAAGACAGACAUAGGACAGACAUUGGCUCUCUGGGAGGUUUCAGAAAUAUCACAUUUUCUAGUGAAUUAAGUCAGCCAGGAAGCCCUGAUGGUAACACAAGCCCUGCAACAGCUGAAACGUGAGAACAAUGUGCUCUGAGUCCCAAGAUAUUGAGAGAGGAUAAAAACUCUUAGAAUUAUUUGAAGAUACAAAAAGCAAUGUAGAUUAAAAAGGCUUUUCUCUUCCUGAAUAAUACAAAGAUAAAAUACAUCCAUGUUUUCAUUCUAUAAAUGCUGAACUUGAAAAGCAGUUUAGUCCUCGUUACUUUUUUGUUACAUGGUGUACUGGUUUGAAUAUCUUAUUAUGGUAAGUUCAUUUUUUAGUAUUUCUAUUUAGCUGAGUAGUUGAAAUAUUGAGAAGCUGAUUUAUUUAUAAAAUUCUUUUUUUUUUCCUUUCACACACCCAUCUGAAAACAAAAGUAACCAAUAUUUAUCAGGUAGCUCAGCAAUCAGCCAUACCUUAAACACUGGUUUUGUAUAAAAACUACUUAUAUUGAUACCAAAUGAGCUGCACUGCAGUUCCAAAGUGUUUUGAGGCAAAAAAAUUCCUUUUCUUCAGCUCACCUUCCGCUCAUUUACAAGUAUAUCCUACCCUCUGUUCUGAGCAGUGAAAAGAAAGUCAUGAAACUGGUAAAUUAGGACCAACUUCGCCUUUUAAAGAGAAUUAAACUGGAGUUUUAGCUGUACAGAACUAAGCAUUCCCUCCAACUUGUACAUGAUGCACCUGUAUUAAUUUAUGCAGCUGUUUAGUUACAAGUGUUGCAAGCUGAUUGUAAGUCAUCAGUAUGUGCCUUGUACUGUAAACUGUUACUGUAAUAAAUUUAAUAUUCAUAAACCA